GUAGUAGACUGCUGACUGCAAUGACGAUGCAUCGUACUUUGUGGCGUCUGUGAGAAAAUUUCUUCGAGUUUUUACCGGUUUUUAACUCAAAAGGAGUAUCAAUGGGUUUGAAACGAUGUUGACAAGUGAUUGAACUUAUCAAAGGUAAGAAAGAGAACGUUCCUUUGUUUAUAUAAGCUUAUGCAUAUCAAAACUUUGUAUAUUUGCCUUUUUUUCAAAGUACUGUUGUCUUGAGUACGUAGUGUGUUUACGUCCGUGUGGAAUAUGGUUAGUUCUUUUCUUUGUUAUUUAUCUAUUGUUGGCUGAUACACAGUAUUGUUUUACAUUUUGUUCUUGUUUUUUUUUUCGUCUCUUGCCGGUUCUCGGUAACACAUUUCGAGUGUACAGCCGUUAUGAUGGGGGAGGGGAACACAAAAUAGCAGACCCCCCGGACACUCCACUCCAGAUAGAAGUUUUUCUGGAAAAAGAUAGUUGGUGCUUUGGAUCAGACAAAGUUUUCUACUUUUCUUUACUUAGAGUUGCUCUGGGGCUUAUCACAUUUUUUUUUGCAGGUAUAUGGGCCAUAACCGGGAAGAAGGUUUAUAAGCAGCAGUUUACGCGGGGGGGGGGGGGGGGGGGGUCUUUUGGGACUUUUUGUUUGGGGAUGUUUCACUGGGCCCAGGGAACCCUUACCCUAUACAAGGGCAACUUCAGCUGAAUUCUCCCCCCCUCACCCACACAAAAAGCGGGAGAGCACCCGUCUGAGCCCCCAUCACAUCCAGCUCUCGUAGACCGUCGUUGUCUGUAAAUGGGGGGGGGGGGGGGGGGGGGGGGGUACUUUAGGACUUUUUGGUUGGAGAUGUUUCACUGGGACCAUGGAACCCUUAGCCUAUACCAGAGCUACUUCAGCUGAAUUCUCCCACCCUACACCAGACUAAACUCCCCAAAUCCCCCCCCCUCCCCCACCCCCUAUCCUAUAGCAGCUUUUAGGCUGAGUUGCACAAAUUUAAACUUGUCGAUUUGAUUUUUUUUGAGUGGCAAUUCCCGGUUUCUCUAGUCUAGACUAAAAUCUCCAAUUAAUUGAUCAGUUUCGUGGAAAAUGUUCAUCCUAUUCUAGAACCAAACUCUCUGAUUUAUAUAACCUAUCCUCGAGUAAACUGCUUGAAAACCAUACCCUUCACAGUGGCACAUACCUAUAUAGCCCACAUAUGGCAGUACACCCCCCGCCCGGGAAUUUAUGGUAUCAGUUUUUUAUUUUAAAAUCCAGAGAUUGUUAUUAAAUCAAUUUUUCAUUUUUUUUUUCAGAUAGUUGCAUUGAUACCUAGCCACAACAGUCAUGGAUGACAAAAACAAAAACCCAUCAGAAGUUGCUCAAAAUCCAUUUGCUGCUCUCUUUCCAUCGGUUGAAAAAGCUGAAGAGUACAGAAAGCAGCAUGGUGAAGUCAUUGCUGUCCAUAGUCCAAAGGAAAACACAGUCUCAAAGAUACAACCAAUAUCAGUGCUGCUAAGAGACGUCCAAGAAAUUGAAUCUAAAAAUGAGGCAGGACACACCACUACUGCAGAUAUCGUAAUUGAUGAGAAAGAAAGAGCUUGGAUCUUGAAUGAUCUACUUCAGCGUGUAUUUCUCAUCACAGUAGAUAAUGGUAAUAAUUAUGACAAUAACAACACAAAAUCAAAUAAUGUUUUGCCACUCGAAAAUAAAAUUCAUAUCUUCGCGCCACCGUGUAAUAAUUAAUAUCCUCUAUGUAUUAUAUGGCUCCAAUAUUAGGUGCGCUCUGAUUAGCAUUAUUUUCUUGUAUUGACCGGGCAUUACUAGCUAGGUGUCCAAGGCAUAUUAUGAUAUGCAUCUGUGUUCAACUUGGUAGUGGACAUCCUUGUAGACAUCCAUGUUUAAUGGUCAAUUGACAGCUGUCAGAAAGGGUAUCUGGCGACCAGUGUCACAUGACUGUAUCAUGGGCUCAAGUAUACAACUCAAUUUCCCUGUAAUGACCUCAUUCUUGGUUAAUAAGUGGCAUAUAACUAACUAUUAUUUUUAGAUAUUUAAUUAAUAUCUGUCCAAAGAAUUUCCUUCUACACUAAACUUCAUUAGAAGCAGAAUGCAUUCUUUGAGCAGAACAUUUUCAGGGGCGGAUCUAGGGGGAGGGUGCAGGGGGUGCGAACCCCCCCCCCCCCCCCGGGUGCCCUGGGGUUUUCUUUUAAAAAUUGUUUUUUUCAAAAAAAAAACAAAUGUGUUUUUUGGCUGUUGGGAGAGAAACAAGAAGAGUUCACCUCCCCCCCCUGAGAUGACCUGCGGUUUUCUAAUACAACUGGUAUUCUGCAAAAAAAAAACUAUGUGGUUUAUUGGUGUUGAAGUAGAGCAAGAGACGAGUGCACCCACUCCCUAAAAAAAAUGCUGGAUCCGCCCCUGAUUUUGGAAGAAAAAUUUUGCUCCUUCGAUCCAAUUCUUCUCUUCAUAGUCAGAUGUCUGACUACUUGUAUGACUAUGAAAGCUGAAUAAUGGUUUAAGUCAGUAUUCAAGCCUCAAACUGCUGAUAAAAUCCUGUCUGGUAAUACCAAAAGUCAAUCAAGUUAGUUAAUAAAUGAUGAUAAUUUAUGAUUUGAUCUUCUAAGAAAUAAUUUCAAUAGUGUAACGUCACCUAAUGACUCCUAUCAAAAGGAAUAUUGAUAGAGAAGGGGAGAUUUUUUUCUAUAAGUGGUGAUUUUAAGGCUAAUCACUGUGAAGGAUGCAGGCCCUGGAUAUUCAAUGUUGGAUAAUGCUAUCCAUGGGAUAAAUCACUAUCCAGCGGAUAAAUAUCAGGGAAACCAUUAUGAUUGCAUUAUCCACUGGACAGAGAUUAAUAUUAUCAGCCGGAUAGGGUGAUGUACUUUUCAAAAAACUGGUCGUAGGAUGAUACAAAUUUUAUAAAAAUAAUUAAUUUGUAUUAAACUGAAACAUUAAUGGUAAUACUUAGUAAUGGCCACCUUUGACAUUGUAAUUCUUGAUUAUUUUUAGAUAGUGAUAGGAUAGGGAAAAGACAGUAUGGUGGUUUACCAAAGAGGUGUGUAUAUCUGAGGAACACUGCUUCUGAUGGUGAAGUUUCAGUCCUUCAGUGGAUCAACAUCGAUGAGGUGUGUGGUUAUAUUUUCUGCUCACAAAACAAUCAUAAACCUCCAAAGUGACUUUUGAAUCUUCAAGGUUUUAUCACCUGUAAAUGUGGUUAAAAUCACAUCUUACAUGUACCGUACAUUGUACUUGACAGGCUUGUAAACCUUUCAACAGUGAAAACAAUGCCCCUAGUCUUGAAAGCAACAGCUACUGUUUUAUGAGAGGGCUAAGAUAAGUUUACAAGAACUGUUAGCAUUCUGGUUCCAAAUUUGCGAAGUCCUUAUUACAGUAAGAUAACAGUUACAGUUGUUUAUUUUGAGUAAUUUUCUUCAACAAUAGCCUAUUGUUAGGAAACAAUGCAUGCGGUAGUUGAGAUUUCUAUACAUAAAUAUGAAGGCAUAGUAAAUCUCACCAAUUGAAAGCUCUUGAUAUAGAUGUUAUGUUACAUCUGUAAGUACACCAUGUUAGCAUGGUUCCAUAUAUUGAUUGUGAAGGGCGAGGCAACAUCACCAAGGCACUUUCCUAUUACAUUGGAUUGGGGAUCAUGGCUAGGGGGAGGUUGUUUUCAAAAAAAUGCUUGAUAAUUAUUUUUCUGGGAUAGAUUUUAUGUCCAUUGUGAGGCUAUUAAAGUACAUUUAUUUUUGUUUUCAUCAGGCUAUCAUGGAGAGACUGUCAAUGUCUCAUCCACGGAACCAUGUCAUGAUUACUGGUGGUGCCCGCUUGACAUCACUCACUGCCGAGAUUGAAGCAGGCGAAGUGGCUAUUGUAAAAUACCUUGCUUCAUGCUAUAGACGAGCCUUUGAUGAAUGCUCAAAAUGGAAGGUUUGAAGCUUAUUAUUAUUGUCAAAGUUCCCUUUGUUACAUUUGUUUGUUUGGUUCUAGCUCAGUGCAGCAAGAGCUUAAGUUUCCCAGAAGUACUGCUCCUAUAAUUAUUUGAAAAGACAAGUCAACCAUAUCAUCAAGCACACUUACAUUGUAAAUUGUCCAUUUAUCAUAAUAAUAUGUCAUGGACAUUACAAUAGACAGUGUUUGGCUCUUUGAGUUCAUCAAUUUGGUUUUUGGUAAUAACUGUGACAAACAGUGAUGUCAGAUGAGAGUGAUGUACAGUGUAGUAAAAGGUCAAUUGUUAUUGUUUUAUUAUUUUACAUCCAAAGGUAAAAGAUUUGACUCUCCUGGAAAUGGCAGAAAGAGCAAAAACACUGGCACUUUCAUAUGCAGGGUGAGGAAUUUAUUUUAUUAUUUAACCACCAAUAAAAUACCAGGUGAUCUUUCACGUGAAAAGAUCACUGUUGUUAUGGCUACAUGAUAAAUAAUUGUGCCUUUUGCAGCAAAAAAAUAUUUAAGUGAAAUGGUUGAUGGUAUUUCAUUGGUCCUUAUAUGAUACAUGGCUGCUUGGAAAAACAAAAACAAUGAGAAAUUUUAUAUGUCUGUACAGCCGUGUAAAAUUCACCAGGUUCUUUUAGUAUGUUUUACAAUUAUUAUACUGAAUUGAGAGCUGAAGCUAACUAAGCUAACUUAGAACAGAUUUAAAUCUCAUAUCCAGAGAAAUCAAAGGUGAUCUAAAAGAGUUUGGCUGUACCUUGUUUUUUAUCUAUUAUCUUUGUGACUGUCAGUCUUGUUUUAUUUCACAUCUCACCAAGCUGAGUAUAAUUAGCCCUUACCAGAUGGUACUUUUUUGGUUCAUGUUGUCAUUUUUUCAUACUGACUGGUCUACCUACCUACCACACCUCAUUGGGAUCUUUUACACUCAAGGCCUCAACAGUUAUAGUCUCCGCCAAAUGAUAUCUUAAACAGUAGCCCCCAAGUGACAGACAGUUGAGAAAGAGUGAAACAAAGUGGGGUUGAAGAGCUGGGAAGUAGCCAAAGUGGUUGCACAAGACAGAAAGUGUUGUUAGACAGCAUGGAGGCCUUACAUGUGUACUGGUGCGAUGAGACAUGAUGAUGAUGAUGAUGAUGAUGAUUAUGAAACACCAGCCUGGAAGGCCAGGCAUUGCAAUAUUCUUCAAGUUCUUUAUUGAAUUGGCCACGGUGACUCAACACAGUGACACAGGACACAGUCCCAAUUGAUAUCAACCCCUUCAUUUCCCACCCACCCCAUUUAACGGUUGUACCACACCACCGUGGUCUACGCCCCCUAUGCUUUACAAACAACAGUGUGGGUUCUUUUAUGUCCCACAAGAAUCAGAACAGUGAAAGAGCUGUGAGACAGGGCCUACGGUUUUUCGUCUUUAUCUGAGAGGACUAAUGUCACAACCAAGGUAGCACAUUCUCCUCAGUCACUCCUCAGACUCUUUAAGAUCCUGAGUGUAGGUCUGGCCAGGGUUUGGACCCAUGACCUCCCACUCAGCAGACCGGCACUUAUCCAAUAAUUUAUUGAGCUAACAGGGCAGCGAUAUUUGUCUGGUCUUUCACCUAAAACCUGCUUAGCACAGUUGAAGCUAGCAGGGACCAAGGUCCCCAAAAGGUAUACAGGGUAGCUUCCAGGAGCAUCAAGGCAAACAAACCUCCCCAACACAUUAAGGCUGGUAGCUGUCUAGUAUUAUUAUUUUAAUAUUGUUUCACAUAAAUUAAUUAGCUAUGGCUGCAAACAUUGUUACAUAAUACCUCAGAUAUUGGGAAAUAAGCUCAAUUUUUUACCAUGAUCAUUGCUUUUCUUUUGUAGAACAUGUUUGUUGAGCCCUGAAAUGUUUUCCAAGGCAGAUCCUCACAAGCAACUCUUUCAACUACUUUUGGCUAUACAAGGUUUGGGAGAAAACUUAUUAUAUGAGACAAUGACGCAAAUGGCCUGAGAAUCUGCCGACAUUUUGUGAUGCCACCUCUGGUUUACCUCAAAAUUAAGUCAGAGAAACAAGCGCAGAAAUUUCAUACUGAUGAUGCAUCACUACCCAGAUCUGGGUAGUGCUUCUGAUUAGUUGGAGCAAAUUUUCAUGCAGCAGAACCGAUCAGAAGAAGAGUUUCUGUACCCAUUUCUAAGACAUCAUUUCAGUGGCGUCGCAACAUGCUGGCUGUUUUCUCAGGCUAUGAAGCAAAACAUAGACCUAUAGUAAAAGCUCAAUUUUGUUAUCUAACACAGGAUAUGCCCUUUGCAGGUGGCAGUGUUCUUACCAGGAUUUUCUAUACUGGGGUCCUCAGGACCCAUAGAAAGCGAAAAGGGGGUCAUUAGGGAGAAAAGUGGGUCAAAAUGUUUUGAUAAAGUUAACCCAACUGAUUGGGUGUUUUCUAAAGACACGAUAGCCAAUUAAAUUUUGGCUAAUAUUAUAAGGAAAUGUACGUAUGAGUACGUAUGUUUUGUAAUAGGUUUUUUCCCUUCUUUGUGCCCUUGGGAUAAUUAUAAGUGUGGCAUUUCCCAAAAAAGUGCAGCAAUGCUGCAAUACCACAGUGUGGUAAGAACACUGAGGUGGUCAUCCUCAUGGUGCAAAACUGCCAUGAUGGAGAGCAAAGGACACCCUGUGAAAAGAGAAACAAAGGAAAUAACCAUUUCAAAUGAUGUGAGCUCUUUGUUUUCUCUCUUCUCCCUGUGUGUCUUUUGCUCUCCAGCAUGAUGGUAUUGUACCACAUGAAUGAGUAGCAGCAAAGGGCCUCCAUAGUCUCUUAUCCCGGAUAAAUUCCAUUGUUAUACACUGUAUUCACUAUCUAUCUUCUCAUUGGCUAAGAGCGCACAGAUAAUUUUGGAAAUCUGUGCAACCUACAGAUUAGUUAGUUAUCUGCUAGCAGAUGACUGACUAAUCUGUAGGUUGCGCACGCAAUGUCAAAUUGGUUCUGUGAGACGUUAUAUUAUUUUGUUGUUAUUUAUUUCAAAACAAUGUAUAAGAAAAAUUGUUAGAUGCAGUUCUUGUGAUAUCCCUGUAAGUGUUAUCAGUCUCAGCCUUCAGCUCGGCAUCCUUGGAGACCCAGGGGCAGAUAAAGGGGGCGAGGGAAAGUCUAAAUGGGCGGAAAAAUAUAUAUGAAACGAAGAAAAGUAAAGAACGGCGAGAAGAGCCCCUGGGGACAAUGUCUUACCAGACCAGUUCCAAACGGUCACCGCCGUUCUGGCUUCUGAUUGGUACCAGAAAACUUGUGUUUUUCUGCCACCAAUCAGAAGCCAAAACGGCGGCGACCAUUUGGAACUGGUCUGGUAAGAUAUUGUCCCCAGGGGCUCUUCUCGCCGUCCUUUACUUUUCUUCGUGCCACAUUUUUCCGCCCGUUUAGACUUUCCCUCGCUCCCACUAUCUGCCCCUGGGUCUCCCAGGAUGUCAGCUCGGCUGAUAACACUAAUUACCUCGACCUUGAUUAUUCCGAAUAUCACAAAAACCUUAUCCAAUACGUUUAUUAUUCUACACUUUGCUAUUUUAAACAACUCCUAACAAAUGGAAUCACUGAUAUACAGCAGCAUGGUUAAAAAUAGUCAUUAUUUCUGGUAUCUUCAAAUGGUCUACAUUUGGGCAGCAAAAUAUACAUUUCAAUAAUAUAAUAUUAUAAAUAAUAAUAUAAUGAUAUUUUUUAACAUGAAUUUCUUUCAACUGUGUUUUUUUUCCUACAGGAGACAGAGUUUUGUCAGAAUUCAUGGAUGGCCUUGUUCAGGAGCAUCAGAGAAGAGAUGAUUUAGUUAGUACAUAAGUUCCGUCAGUUAUAUAAGUUCAUAAAAUCCCAGUUUGACAGGUUUUCUUGCUGACUGAGGAAAAAACAAACAAUGGCGGGACUGGACAAACCAAAUUUUGACUUUCUUUUUAAUUAAUGGCAUAUUCAGUGGAAGAAUAAAACUCUUUUCGAUGGUACAAUAUAAUAUUAUCUGUUAUAGUUCAAUGUUUUUUUUGGAACCAGUUUUUCAAAUUUCCAAACAAGGUUGAAAUUUUUAGUGAAAAAGGUUGCAGUUUAUCCUCUUGGAAUAAAAUCUGUUGCGAUCAAUAAUAUUCUUCAAAAUGUUGUUGUUUGAAUCUUAAAAAAAAGAUUCAUCAGUAGCAAAAUUUCUAAGGAAAGUUCACUCAAAAAUUCCCUCAAAAAGUAAUCUUGGAGAAUUUCCUUUUGAGGAUGGUGUGCUUCUGAUGAUAUUCCAGGACUAAACUUUAUUUCUUUCUUAGAUGUUUACAGGUGUCAUCCCAGAAAAUUUCUAUACCUACAUGUACACAAUCUUCCCCACAGCACAGCUGCAAAUAACAGGCAGUCAUUGGACAAUGACGGAUUAAAAUUGGCCCAUAUCGGACAAAAUGCUGUCUGCAUAUGUUCGUUCUAAAAAGAUAAAUAUUUGAAGCCCUGCUGCUGAAUAUUAAGGUUGCAGGGGACACCUAUCUAUGAAUAAAUUCAUAAGAAAAAAUUUUGCGUAUAUCUUGGCUGUUUUCAAGGGGAUUUAGAUAAAAUUUAACGGAUACAUUGUGGAAUAAUUGACGUUUAAGAGGGUUGUUUUUUGUUUGGUGAAAUAAUGCUUUAUGGCAAUGCUCAAAGCCACAGUUGUACCAAAUUGGGAAACUGUGAUUUUGUGUCCAAGUUUGCAAAAAAGAAUAGAAGAUAAUACUCUGUGAUUUUAUUGAUAAAUGACUGGUCAAAACCUCUGGUUUGUCAUGGGCAGAGCAGAUUUUACAAUUUAAUUUUCACCAGCAAGACAUAAUUGUUAAAUGAGCAAAAUCUGUUAUCACAGAUAUUAACGCCUUUAAUAUAUCUUUUUAUAAAAGCGCUCUUUUAGAAUUCUGCUCUAUACAUGCAGACACACUACAGUCUUUCCAAUCAAGUUUACCCCUCUGCAGUGCCAGUCCAUGAAGUUUUGUAUCUGCACUGAAUUAUUGGACACAAAAUUGUUGGAAAAGUCAAAUUUUGAGACUCCCGAAAGUGUCCCGACUAAAGCGCAAGUUCCAACCAAGAUGUGUAAUUAUGGUGCAUCACAUUCCGUUCUUUAAUUUUGUUUAUAACCUGCAAUGUUUUCAUAGAUUUUUUCUUGAGGGGAAAAAAACAUAAAAAAAAGUUUUGGUAUUAAAUGUGGCAAAAUUUCUUAAGAUUUCCUUAUUUUUAUUGAUUUAGAAAUCUCUGAAGCAAGGUUUACUACCACUCCGAGCCUGUUUGUUACUUUAAAAUAAACAUUUUGUUUGCGGUCUCUGUUUCAUGUGUGCACAUGAACAUUUUAAAUUAUGUGCUCUUCUUUUAUCCAGUAUUGAAUACCUAGUAAACCUGUCAAUAUCAGUUUUACUUCCUGCAUACGCUUAAUGCAUAAUAAUGAGCCCGAGGUGUCCCCCGCAACCUUAUGAAGAGGAGCUGGGUUGGUCUGAAGCUGAACUGGCAUUUUUUUAGCGGGGGGGGGGGGGGGUUUAAAACCAAUAAACCCCUUAUUGGAAAAGUAGAAAAUUUAAAAUUUUUUGUACACCACCUUUUUUGAAAGUGUUUAAAUAUACACCCAUCCGCGGGUCACUUUUUUUUUUUCUCACAUUUAGUGUCUGCAUAUUCUCCUCUAGGGCCGGCGGGGUCCCCCCGACUAGAUGGGGGGGGGGGGGGGGGGGGGGGUGGCUACCAUGUGUUUUUUUUGGGGGGGGGGGGGGGGGGAUGUAAAACCAAUAAACCCUAUAUAGGAAGAGUAGAAUAUUUAAUAUUCUCUGCAGCAACACUUUUUGUAAAGUGUUCAAAACUGACACCUACCCGUGCUCAAUUUUUUUGUUUCUACAAUUUCAGCUCAGCAUGUUCUCUCCAGUAAUUAGCAUGUUAGCAGAAAGGGCCAAAGAUGUUUCGUCACUACUUCAGUCUGAUGUUCACAAUUACAUCAAUAUACUUCACUUCUUUGCAAAGCACACAAUUUUAGCUGAGGUGAUUGCUUAUUUAUUUUGUGGUAAUUUUAAGACUUAAUUUAUAUAGCAUACUCUCGGAAAUUUGUAUUUUUGCCAUUGUCAUUUUAUUUUGUAGGAACUCUUCCCUUGUUUAUAAAAGCUCUAGUAUCCACAUAAAAAUUCUCCAAACUAAUCUUUUACAGAAUUUGAUAAAAAAAUCAAAGCAUUUUCUCUUUGGUGAUCAGUUAAUUAAUUGUCAUACCAGCAAUCUUUUCUCUUGACAGUGUAUGGAUAUUAUUAGGAGAAAACUGAUGUUGGUCACUUAGUAGUUUUCCAGUUAUAUAAUAAUAUUCUCUGGCCUAUUUGGUGUAGUAAUAAUUUUUUUCUGUUUUCAGAUACUUGUGUCAUCAAAGUUCUGGUUUCCCUCAAAGUCUCCCAUGGGCUCUAUUUCUGGACAUGCCUUUGAAAGACAAACCCUUCUGGGGUAUUUUGUGGGCCUUACCAGUAUGUCAAGGGAUCCGAGCAAACCAUCGGUUGGUAGUCACCUUUAAUCCUCUUCAAAAUGUUUGGGACCCCUUUUAUUUCAUAUCAGUGGGGUUCUCCUCUACUCCUAAAUACUCUCUACACAUCUCUUUUUGACAGAUUUGCGACUGUGAACAAUUCUGUAACUCUCACGUAUAAUCAGUGCUGGGUAACUGUGUAAAGAUAAGUCACUGUCUCGGUGUUUGUUAUUUUAUUUAUUAUCAUCAAUUCUGCAAAUCUUUAGGAAUUCUUCCGACGUCCAACUGAACCAAGUCAUGCUGAAAUACAGGCAACAAUGGCCAACUUACGCACACAUCUGGAUGAUUUAUCAGGCAAACUUCACCAGGUUUGUAUAGAUUAAUCAGGACGCAAUACAAAAAAAAAUCCUAGACUUCAUUUUGACAAUUUUUAAUGAACAAACAACACAGAUGGAAUUAAGGCCAACAUAUUAAAUGUCAUCAGUACAUUUUAUCUAAACGGCAAACAAGGUAGCCUAAAUAUGCAGCCAGCAUUUCAAGAGAUUUCCCCAGGAAAUGAUGUCUGAGAAACAAGCACAGAAAUGUCAUACUGUCGAUGUGUCACCACGCAGAUCUGGGUAGGGCUUUUAAUUGGUCAUGCCACGCGGAAAAUUUGCUUCAGCCAAUCAGAAGCACCACCCAGAUCUUGGUAGUCAGGAGUCAUCAGUAGGGAAUUUCUGCACUCGUUCCUCAGAUUUCAUUGGCGGGGAAACCAGAGGUGGCAUCACAGCUGUUUUCUCAAGUUAGAAGCAGGGGAGCAAGAGGCCUGAUUACCUCUGAAAAUAACGUGGUUGAUUUAAUGUUUGGUUGUAUUAUAGGUGAUUAUGGAGAUCAUGAAACGAUCAAGUUUUUCAAAGCACCAAGUUCUCUACUGGAUCGGAGCAUGCCUUCAUGGAAAUAUCAUAAGGAAGAAAGUAAGUGCCUGUAAAGUAGAGAAAAGUGCGUGUUCUACACCCUGCAGCAGAUCUUUAUACCUCCUGCACAUUAAAACUGCGUUUCAUUGGUUGAGAACAUGUCAUAUGCAGGCUUUUAGCCAAACAUUGAAAACUGGCCAUCUAGAAGGCAUGUUUUUCCUCAAAAUUACAAGAGAUUAAGUGAAUUUUCCUUGUAUUUCUUCCAAAAAUAGGUGUCCAUAGGAUGGCUGGACACCCUUCUGGCUAAAACCUUUUUCACAUGCCAUUGCAUCAAAAUACUGGCCCAUAAUAACUGCCACAGAAAUUAUGCAAACAGGAUAUUUCUACUAAAUACACAUGUUCAGAAUGAUUGAUCAUUAUUUAUCUUUGCAUCCUCUGGGACAUAUGUCAUGAAUUUUUUGGCGUCUUUGGGGAUUUUUACGCAUUUUUACUGUUAAAAGAAGGUAUCCUUAAGCUGUCCCAAGGAUUUUUGGUCUUCACUGUAGAUCACGGUUUGAUUUUUGUCUUAUUUUGUCACAGAUGGUUGCUCAGAUGUUUGAGUUCCUUGCCACGUCUCAAGCAGAAGAUGGAUUUUUUCUUAAUCUGAGCACUUUGCUGCUCAAAAUGUGUCAGCCAUUUAUGGAUCCUCUUUCGCCCAAGCUGUUGAAGAUCAACCCCCAGUACUGCGCUGUGCCUGUGGGCAGCGACGCCAUUGGGCAGGAAUCGACUGGUUUACAUGUUGUUGGCUUGGACAGUGAAACAAGGCUGGUUGCACCACCUGAUGAAGAACAAAUCACAUUAAAGAUCACAAAAGCGUUUGGAUUUGUUACAGAGUGUUUCUUCAUGACACACCAUUGUCUUAGCAUUGGUAAAUAAAUGAAACAUCAUACCUCACCUCUACUCUUGCCCUACUCCUCCUUGAGUAUGUGCCUUCUCCUGUAAAGUUUUAUUGUCACAGGUGUUAUUAACCCUAUCACUCCUAACAGUGACAAAAGUGAAAAUUUGCAAAAUAGUUUCAAAAUUCUUUUUGUAAAAUCUGAAACAUAAAUAGUACUAUUCAAAAGUUUGGCCAAGGAGGUUUCAUUUGAAAGGCAAGACCUUAGGAUUUCGACCAAGGAUUCAGAAGUUAAAAUGAAGAAUGAUCAUCUCACCUGAACUCUUAUUUUUACACUUAAUCUGGCUGAUUUGCAAACCCAUUGGCUCAAGGCUGGGUCAGGUUGUGGGGAUUACCAGCCAUAUCAUGGAAACUCAAACUCAAAAGACCCUACACAUCCCAGGCACCCAACCUCUAUUCAGAUCAAUUUAGGUUCCUGGAAAACUGCCCACCUACCACUCCCCUAAGCCAUCAUUUUGCCCAAAGUAGGAAGUAAGUGUUAAUGUUAGCUUAGGGGAGGGGUAGGUGGGCAGUUUCCCAGAGACCUAAAAUUAAUUUAUCCCUCUAUUCAGUGAUGCAGUUGUUUAUUGAACUUGACUAGUUUAGAAAAAUAAUGCAUCUCAAACUUGUGUUUUUUCUUUCAAUCUUAGGCUUGUGGACAGUUUGUGAGAAGUACAGAAAACUCAUGAAUGAGUUAGCACAGGUAGCUGAUCUUGACAAUAUUGAUCCUGCAGCUGACCCAGCAGAAAAGUUUUCUUUGCAAGCUAGAGACUUUCUUAGUUGUUACUGUUGGACUGUGAACAUCACAAGAACACCAUAAGUUUUUGGAUGUGUUAUUGUAGAUGUGUCGCAAAGGAAAAGCCAGCAAUAUGUAUUCUCACUGCAUCAGUGAGGUCAGAAGAGAAAAGAGUUCUACCGCCCAAGUUGUAUUUCUUGAUGUUAAAAUUUCUAAUAAUUAGAAAUUUUAAUGGAGAUUAUUUAUUUUGCCUCUCCAUCUUAUAGGAAAUUGGCAUAAUGUUACAGGUCAAAAUUAAAUUCACGUUAAAUUUUUUUAACCUAGGUUGAUUCUCAAUUUCCUUUGUCUCUUGACCUGAGUAAUUAGGGCUAGGAAACAAAGGAAAUAGAGAAUUUUAGAAAUGAAUUUAAUUAUGACCGAUAACAUUAUAUACAAAUUAAAGUAGAUUGAGUAGGAUCGUCGGGGUGAAUGUAGUCCAGAAUAGGACUGUUGUUGACAGUGACUGCAUGAUGUUUUGACAACCUGUGCGGUAGUCCUCUUAAGAGUCUUCAGAGUCAAAGUGAGUUGUAUCACAUCAGUCGAUGGUAUAGGAGAUGGUAAGAGAAUAUUAGAAUCAAAGGAACAAAGUUUUUUUUUUGUUUUCAGUUACAGCAGAUGUACCAAACUGAAGGAAUGUUGAAUGAGAGACAUAAAGUUCAGUUUGAGAACAGCAUCAUUAAACAGCUGUCUCUGAAGGUACCACUGGCAUCAGCUUAAUUAUACCUCUUAAUUUCUUCUUUUUCAUUUUACAGUCAAUCUGAUGGGGGCUCAUUAAUUUAGCAAUUAUAUCUUUAGUUUUUGUGUUUGUAUGGUCAUGGGAAAACCUGGAAAGUCAUUUAAUUCAGUCAGGCUCUUAGAAAGCCAUCAAAAAUGAUUAUGUUCAUGGAACAAAAUCAUUAAUACAGUGCACUGUUUCAUCAUAAAAAGAGGGCAAAAAAUAAUUAACUGCAAAACAAGUAUUAAAUUAUGAAAAGCUGAGGUAACAAACAUUUAGUGUGAAAAUAAAAACGUUAGGAUACAUGAGUGUAUCUUUUUAUGCUCAUGGGUACAAGUAGGCAAACAUGUUUGCAAUGUAUUUAUAUAAAAGUCAACCAUGAUUUCCCAGAUCUAUGUGAUAAUAAAUGGCACUGAUACCAUUAUUUUUUCCUUGGUGAGAGGCAAUCUACAGGGACACAUCACUGCAGGUACAGAUAAUUUUCCUGUACCCAUUCACAAAGACGGUGUAUCUUAAAGUCUCUAAUGUGACAUAUUUUGUGUUUCCACAGACACAUCUUCUUAAUCCAACACUGAUUGAUCUGGUGCUGCAGUUUUACAUAGCAACUGCAUCGUGGCUGAACCAACUAGCACUGGCUGGCGACAACUUUGAGGACAUGACUUCUUUUAAAGAAGUGGAAAUCCCUCUUCCAACUGAGGUGUGGAAAAAUUAUCUUGUUCAUGCUUCUUGUACUUAUAGUUACUUUGUUUGUUUGUUUUGUUAUUAGAAGGGGGUAUUUUUUAAAAUGUAGAUAUAUUUUGGUAGACAAUCCAUUAAAUUGAUUUUGUACAUCUUUAUAAAUUUUUGUUUUCUUUUAAACUUAUUAUUUAGUUUUUAAGAAUGUUUUGAAAUAAGGUUUGUUGGUAAUAAUAUUGUUAGCCAUCAGCCUCUGUCCAUUAAGUGGAUACCCAUCAGUGAACGUUUUCCCGUGAGAGAAUAAUUCAUUUGUUAUUAUAUAGUAACUGUUUAAAUGAAACCAGUUGUAAUUUGCUGGUUUUUUGGGUAGCAGCUUUCUUUUUCAAUAUUUUACCAAUACUCACUUUCUCUUUCCUUAUAGACUCCAGCUGGAUUACUUUUUGUUCCUGAAUUCAUUGUGGAGACUAUGGCAGACUUUAUAAUUUUCCUCAGGUAAAGGAAUGCUCUUGUAAAAAAAAAAAUACUCAUCUGCAAUAUUUAUUUUGAUAAAUAAAGUGGUACAUAAAUUGCACAUCUAAUCUCUUUGAAUAGUUGCAUAUUGUUAAUCAAAGCUUUGCUUUGCUGUUUAUUUUUGUAGACAUUUUAGUGAAGAUACCCUGGAGAAUGCUGGACGAUCUCUGCAUCAUCUUGUAACAUUUUUUGUUAUCUACAUGGGGUAAGUCAGCUUUUCAGUAUUAUAAUUAUCCUUGUUAGGUUACAGGACGUUAUUGAUUUACAGCGGGUUUUAAAAUCUGCCCUCCCCACUAACACAAUUGACUCUGUUUCUCUUCUACAUUCCCAUCCCUGACUUUUCACUGGCUCCUGUCCCGGGCUUCGCGAGGUUCUGCGAUACACGUAUUUCUUGUUUAACCCUUUAAGCCCCAAUAUCCACAUACGAAUUCUCCAUACUGAUCUCCAUACAUUUUCUUGAAAAACUUGUGGAGAGAAUUUGUCUAAAGAUCAACGCAUUUUCACUUAGCUGAUCAUUUCAUUGAUUCUCAUGAACUUUUCUCUUAAUUAUGUAUUGAUAUUUGUUAGGAAAAAAUUUAUAUUGAUCACUCUUGGGACCUGAAGGCUUAAGACUAACCAUUAUCGUUCAUGUAGGAGCCCAGAGCGAGUACGUAAUCCACAUCUCAGGGCAAAACUAGCGGAAACACUGGAAGCAUUGAUCCCAGUAAACAGGUCACAGAACUCCUCUGGACUGCUGUCACCUUCCUCAGUUAAUAUGGUUUGUAUCAGAAAUCUGGAAAAUUGUGCUGACUAUCACCCCCUCCCCAAAUUUUGCUUGUCCCCUUAGCUUGUCAGCUACUGUCUGUUUUACAAGAAGAUUAUUUGUGGUUCCCGACCAUUUCAGAGUGUUCUAUCUAGGAUUUAUCGUUUGGGGGAGAAGUCCCGAGUGGCUGAAGGCAACAAGCUUCCUAGGGGGGUUCCCCAGAAAUUUUUUUAAAUGAAUAUGUGCUGAGAUGCAAUCUGGUGCAUUUUGAGACACAAUUUUGAGAAAUGUUAAGGUGUGUGCACUGGCCUUGGUACGUCUGGAUGAUUUUUCCGAUAUAGUUACUUAUAUACUGUAAUAAUAACAGCAUUUUUGUGGGAGUAGCUAGGCAUUUUGGGAAGGAAGCUUCUACCCCUCAAAUACCCUAGAUAGAACCCUGCAUUUAUAUGGUACUUUGUAGUGUUCGUUUGAGUUAUAGCCAGUGUAAGGAUGAGUUACUUCUCUGAGGUGUCCAGUUGAUUGACUAGAUUACUUUUACUGCAGUUCAACAGACAAAAUGCAUUCCUCCAGCACAAGAUUGCCCCAUUCUACCUCCCUCAGGCCUUGUUACAGCUCUUUGUGGACAUUGAGUUCACAGGUCAUGCUAUGCAGUUUGAGCAGAAGUUUGGUAAGUCCAACAAAUUUGCCACUUAAGAAAUGAAAAGUAGACUGGGUCGAGUUUGCUUUCGCAAAGCCUUCUGGGACUGUUGCUAGGGGCACGAAAAAAAAAAUUGACCAAUAGCUGACCGGCGUGUCCCCGGUAACGAUCCCAGAAGCAAUUGCGUCACUUAUUUCGGCUCCAGGCCCCUUCUCGUCUCUAAAGUGGCAAAUUGCAUCACAUGUAGAGUUAGCAAUGGUGACGUGAAAUCCAUGUAAAAAUGUACAUAGGACAAUAGAAUAUGCCCAAUAGAAUUUCGCUGCAGGCCUGACUGUCCUGUGCACUAUGAAGGCCAUAUUUCACUUUAGUUAAAUCCAACUAGUGGUCUAUUAUCAAUGCUGCGUUCUGAUUGGUUGAGCUACUACUAGGCUAUAUGUUAGAGCCUACUAGCAGCAAAAAGCGCCGGCUUUUUGGCGGCAAAAAAGGAUUAAAGUCUAGCUUUAACUAGCUAAGGUUUUUUUGUCUCGAUAUUAUUGACCAACUAGUUGGAUUUCACUAAAACAAUCUCGCCCCAAUGGGCUGUGAGUCAACAGCCCAUUCGGCCUUCGGCGUCAUGGGCUAUUGACUCACAGCCCAUUUGGGCUCGAGGAAUAAUUGUGAAAUAUUAUAUCAAGUAAAUAUAUCUUUGUCCAUAACCCUGAGCCAGCAACUCCCUUACUGAGCCUAUUUCACGUCGUUUUCACGGACCGGUUUAUUUUUAGACACAUUUUAGAGCAAUUUUUCCCUCAGAAAUGGAAGCUCCACUCAAUUGCCCGAAUUGUUCUGAUUUUCUUUUAUGUAAUCGAAUGUGAUUCAUCCACUGGAUACAUGUAAAUGAAGCAUUGUCCAGCUUUUGAAUAGAGGCAUAAGAGCUAAUUCUUUGUUUGCAACCACGUGACAAGGCGAACAUGUUGGUGGUCAAUACAAUAUAAUUUUUUUUCGAAGAAUUUACAUGGAAAUAGAGUUUUGUUCCCAGCGGAGAGAAAUGCUUUUGUUCUUGACUACCAACAUGGGCGCCAUGACGUCACGAGCAACCAGCAAUACCUACAGGACACCCAGAUAGUUAUCUCGUCAAUGUGUAGUAAACCUAACUGGCUAUUGAUUUCUCUUUGACUUGUCAGGUUACCGCCAUCACAUGUAUUCAGUGCUGCAAUACAUGUGGAAACAAGAUAAGUACAAAGAUACUUUGAGGACGUUGGCUGACGAGGUAAAUAAUUAAUAUUUUUCCCUAAAAACCAUGCCGUCCCUUUUCUGGGUCUGAAUUCAACCUCGCUCCAAGAGUCCCACCUUUGCAUCCCACAUUACUGAGGCCCCGUCUACACCUAUCCGUAUAUUUUUGAAAACGGGGAUUUUUUCAUCCGUUUUAGUCUUCCGUCCACACAUAAACAGCAUUUUCGGGCACCAAAAAGGCAGGUUUUCAUAAAAGGUCCCCAGGAUGGAGAUUUUGGAAAACGCCGGCUUAUGGGCCGACCAUUUAACUCUUGAGGGGGUUGGGGGGGGGGGGGGGGGGGUUUUUGAAAAAAAAUUUUCGUAAAAGCGCUUGGGGGAAAAAAAAAUUCCAAUACAACAAAAAAAAAAGAAAACGAAGGUGGAAAAAAAGGAAAAAAAAAAACGACCCCCCACAGUCUAUUAAAAAAAAAUAUUUCCCAACAUCUUUUCGUAUAUUUUUUGUAGAUCGGGGUGUUUGUCCUCGCUUUGUAUGCUCCCCCACAACAAGAAAACCCGUUCAGCCACCGAAAAGGCGGUGGGUUUUAGAAGGGGGCCGGGGGUGGGGGUUUGUGGAACCGGGGGGGUUGGGGGCGCCAUUUGUUCGGGGGGGGGGGGGGGGGGGGGGGGGGGGGGGGGGUGAUUUUGAAAAAAAAUUUCCUGCAAGCGCUUGUCGGAAGAAAAAAAUUGCAUGUAGCACAAAUGUAAUAGAAAGCUUAUGGGAAUAAAAGGGAAAAAAAUAUCCUGCCCACCAGAUUGCUAGAAAAAAAAUUCUUGGUGACCAGAAAUCCCCCCCCCCCUCAAGAGUGAAAUGGUCGGCCCCUUAAGUUUACGUGCAUCUGGACGAACGAAAGUGGAGGUGUUGUCAUAAACCAUAUACUAGGGAGUUUUAAGCAGCGACGUUUCUGAACGACGCACGUCAAACGGAAGUGGAAUUUUUUUGCACACUUGAGCUGUAAUUUUGAACAAACUCUAGGACAAAUCGUCUCUGCAAGGGUAAAGACAAUUAGCAAUACAAAUUUGGUAGCGUCAAAGCAUAUUAAAAGAGAGCAAAGCUCACUUCCGGUUGCUGCUUAAUGUUUUAAAAUGUAGGAAAAAACUAAUCUCCGUUUUUUGAAUUAUUCGGAUGCGCGUGGUCAGGGUCUGAGUUUCUCUAUUUUUGCUUUUCUUUUUAGGCAUCUAAUGUACAAAAGAACCGGAGUAAUCUAAAAAUUCCUACAUUUCUUCGCUUCCUUAACCUGCUGAUCAAUGAUUCUAUAUUUCUACUGGAUGAAGCUCUUCAGGUAUGGUAAAAUGAAACGAUAGUUAAAGGAAAGUUCUAACUUCUCAAAUCCCUGAUCAGCCAUCGAGCAAGCUCUCCCGGGGCUCCCCAGGCUUCCGGGGGUACGGGGGGGGGGUGGGGAAGAGAUCCCCGGAGAGCUUGAUCGCAGGCUACCUCCUGAUGAUAAGAAAAUAACUCUUAGUUGUUGCUGAUGUUGACUCUAACCAGUAUAACUUGUUAUGCAGUAUAUGGCUACCUUGAAGAAGCUGCAAGCAGAAAAAGACAGUGGAGAGUGGGAAAGCUUAAAUGAGCAAGCCAGGCAACAGGUGAUACACCUUAAAGAUUAACCCUUUCUCUGCAAACAUGGUCCAAAUCGUCGUCUUCGUUGAUUAAACUCCCUAAUAAGUGACGGCUGAGGACGAGUCAGUUCUCGUAGCUAAACAAGGGUUUCUUCUAAUCGUCCAUUGAACGACACGGCUAUGAAUGUUGUUUUUGAAAUCAUCUUUCAUGGUUUUUAAAUAACUUUGCCUCAAAGCCAGUAAUUUGUAGGAGCCACCAAAAACAUUUUGUUGUGUCUUGGGUAUUUCUUCAUUCUUUACAACUGUGCUUUCCUGUUCUGAAUGUUUUGUUUGUAGAAGGAGCAAGAGCUUCAACAUACCGGUGGAAUGGCACGCAGUCACAAUAUACUGGCUAAUGAAACAGUCCGUGCGCUGAGUUACAUGACAGCUGAGAUCAAAAAGUAGGUUCUGUUCAAUGUAUUCCGUGUGGUAACGUUCAUUGUUAACUCUAGCAUUUUGUGACUGUAUACUAAACAAGAAUGCAGUUAACUUUUUUAAAGGUUUUAGAGAAACAGCGGUUUUCCUUAGUACCAGUCUUCAGUUACAAUCGUCGGACAACGUUUGCCAGUAACACCCCUCUAUAACCCUCCGAACUCACAGAUUUUGUUGUGUUGCCCUCGCAAAGAUUUUGGGAUUUUAGAGCCUCGCAUAGGAGACGUGUUGCUGGUUAAGUAUAUUCCCUCUACUAACUUAUCAUUGCUUCUUUGGCUUUCAGACCAUUUCUUAUCGGGUGCCUCAUAAGGAGAAUGGCGGACAUGUUGAACUACUUUCUCCUGAGAUUGGUCGGACCGAAAAUGGGUGAACUCAAGGUAAUAGUAUAUUAAAUUAAUUAUCCAAGAAUAGAGCGAUUUUCGUAUGACCUUGACAUGAAAAAGUGCGAACAAAACAGAAACAACAAACGAACGGAAAUAGAGCGAUUUGAUUGGUUUAUCGAACGGAUACAAACGCUCGUGGCUUUUGGUUGGUAAAGCGAACGCUCGGGUGAAAAAACUUCUUGCCCGAGAACUUUCUAGAAAUCAUCCGAUACUUUAUUUUGACGUCAUACUGCAACUCGAUUGGCCAAUCGAACAAUGCCUUCUGCAUAUUAGGGUUUUCUUUGGCGGGAAAACGAGGAGGCCAUGUUUUGAUCUUUUCACCUACUGGCUGAUAAAACAAAUAACGAACACUCACCGAAACCAUUUUUCAAGGUCAUACGAAAGUGACUGUAACGGGAUAAGCAUACUGUUAACUUCCGCUCAUAAACCCUGGGACUAUACAACUUCGUAAAGGGUUUUAUGAGAGCUUAUAAACCGGGGGGGCUUGUAUCCGGCGGGGGGGGGACUCUUUUAACCGGACUAACAAAGCAAUGCUGACAAGAGAAAAUUAAAAUACGUUUUUUAUUUACUCGCUUUUUAAGCUUCAAAAGGUCGUAAAAAAUCGAAUUCAUUUCCAUACAAUCUAGAGGGAGCUUAUUACCGGAGGUAUUUUUUGUUUACUCGUAGAUGGGCCUAUAACUGGUGGGGGGUGUGGGUGGAGCUUACGGGCGAAAGUUUGCGGUAUCGAAACAAGCAAGAUAUGAUACUGAGUUUAGAUUUUUGUCUGCGAAAAAGUCCUAAAAUGAAACGAAAGACUUGCCCGAAUCUUUAACAAUUCAUAUUGAUAAAAAAGGAUAUCAUAAAAGAGGUUUAACUGAUUUGUUGCAAAUUAAAAAUAUGACAUGUAAGAGUACUUGGUGGAGGGGGUUUCCAUGGUUUUCACACUACAGAUUCUAAGUUGAGGACUCACAUUGGUAGCCUGCAAACGCAGACGUUUAUCCGGUCGUCGCAUCUCUCCAUGCUACCUGUGCAUUCGCAGGCUACCAGAUUACACGCCUUCAUAAUUAACUAUGGGAGUAAACAUGUCGGAGUUGUGGAUCUAAUAGUUUGAAAAGAGGAAGUAGGUUCCUGCUAGCAGAGGUCCCUCACGACAAUCUUUCAUGUAGCCGCCGACCAUUUGUGACCGAGACUUACUGGUUUUCAAAACUGGUUUCGUUUAAUGUGGAAUAUGCGUGCCCUGCUGAGACUGCACGCUGCAACUUUCUUAGCCCACAGUUGUCAUUGUGCAAACCGGUUAUGUAAGUUGUGUCGCACGUGACUAAAAUGUUACUGGUUAUCAAGGAAAUGCCAGCGAAUGCGUGAUAGGAAACGCAUCGGGGGCCGGCCGGCAUCAAGUUAAAUUAGUACUAACUUUGCCUUUAAACUGUUAUUUACUUUUAUGUAGGUGAAGAAUUUAUCGGAGUUCCAUUUCAAGCCCCAGGAGCUGGUUUCUGAUAUUGUUGACAUCUACCUUAACCUGGGUGAAGAUGAAUCCUUUUGCAAUGCAGUGGCUACAGACAAGAGAUCCUACUCUCCUAACUUGUUUAAGCAGUCGGAGCGAGUCCUAAAGUAAGUUCUUUGGCAACCUGAGAGCAGAAUUUCCUUUUGUCUUCUUGACUGACAAGGAGAAAAGUUAGACUUUCUAAAAGUCCUUUGUUUUUUGCUUCCUGGUUGGUUAUGCCCUUAAAAGGACUUUUCACACCUGUUUGGCGCGAAAUUCACCGGUCGAAACUUCUACCGGUGAUGUCAUGGCACUGAUUGACCAAUAGGACAGUUAGUGAUAUUUCACGCCGCUCCCGACACAGCAUAUGUCAAUCAUUUUUUCCCCGCGUGAAUUUAUAAUAUAAUUCAAAUCCAUUCAGGCGAAACAAGUCGACCUCGAGACUCGGUCGCUGCGCGAGAGAGGUCGACUUGUAGCAAGUCUAGAGAAAAGAGGGCUCUGCCCAAGUCGCCUCAAGCCUUUGAAGUCGCCGAAGACCGAACUUCUCGACUAGUCAAUUUUGUUUUCUCUUGUCAAACUGGUUUUCCGAGUGCUUGCAUCGGUUUAUUGAUCAACUCUUCUAUUCGGAGAAGCAAUACUGGACACAAGUGUAGCAUUUCUAAAUUUCGACUUUGAUCAUGUAGUUUGACCAUGUAAAUGAACUUUUCCAACGGUACCUUCACAUGAAACUAUUUGUCUAGUUAUCAGUAUGUAGUUCUAAUUUUUGAGUCUCUGAAUGAAAUGCUUUGUUGUGACCACUUAAAUGAAACCUCUUCAGUAGUAUUGUCACGUGGUACUAUUAAUUUAGUAUGUAGUUCUAACUUUCAAGUCUGAGGACCCAAUACUAUGGUGUUACCAUUCAAAUGGAACCUCUUCAGCAGUAUUUUCACAUGGUACUAUUCAUUUAGCGUGUAGUUCUAACUUUUGAGUCUGAGGACAAUGAAAUCCUAAAGUGAGACCAUUUUAACUGAAACCUGUUCAGGAGCAGUAGUGUCACUUUCUUGGUACUAGUUAUUUUUUUGGUCUUUUACGAUUUUUAUUUCAGUAUUUUUCGUGUUUGUCUUCUUCCGGGUACUUUUAAGAGCGAAAGGAGUAUGGUGUUAAAUUGCUUUUCUAUCCCAUUUUCCAGAUUAAUUGGAAGACCGUCAUCUGUAAUUUUCCGACUCAGUGAACUUGCACACCGCGUUGAAGAGUGCGCACAAAAAGAGGAAGAGGAGGAAGAGGAGUUGCCAGAGGUAAGACCCUUUAUGAUAUCCACAUAUAAAUUCCCCAGAGUGAUCUCCAUACAUUUCCUUACAGAGUCAGUUGAGAGAAUUUAACGAAAGAUCAAAACCUUCACUCUGGGUGACCAUUUAUCAAAUUCUCAUAAUCUUUUCUCUUCAUGAUGUUUUAAUACUGUUAGGAGAAUAUUGAUGUUGAGACUUUCUCGUCCUGGUUUCUGGUUAUUCCACUGGAUAGUGCUAUCCACCUUUUGAACAACUGUAGACUACAAGUAGUCCACAUUUUUCCUCAGGGAUAGUAGAGCGAGCGAAACGCGAGUGCGCGUGAAAAUCACCCCACGCGAGAAAGGCGAGACGUGGCGAUGAGAGUUCUUUCUCCCCACCUCGUCUCGCCUUUCUCGCGUGAGGUGAGUUUCACGCGCGCUCGCGUUUCGCUCACUCCACUAUUCCUGAGGAAAAAUGGGGACUUCUUGUGGUCUAGAACAACUGUGGCCGUAUUUGUUUGUUUGUUUGCUUGUUUGUUUAUUUCCUGGCAAAAUGGAGGUGACUAUUUAACUCUGCAGUAUGGAAUAACAAAUAUUUUUUUUCGUUCAGCCACCAGAAGAAUUUGUUGAUCCUAUAACAAACAUGUUGAUGUCCGAUCCUGUGAUUCUCCCGACUUCAAAUAACAUUGUGGACAUGUCGACCAUUUGUCGCCAUUUAUUAAGGUUUGUAUACUUAUCUUUUUUUCCAUUUUUAACCUUAUAGCCUCAGUUUUGAGCAACUUAACUUGUGGUGAUCGUCAUGUCCUAGAUAUUCAUUUCAUCCUUCGUUUAGGCAGCAGUUACUAAGGCGACAGACACAUAGACUUCCACACUAACUCGUCCCUAGUCUUUCUUGUCCUUCAUAAGAAGCGCUCGUAAGGGGGAAUGGGCCAAGUGAGCUUUUCACCUCUACUGACGGUCUCUGCUUGUUUGUCUGUUUACACUUUUGUAAAAGGACCUCAUGACUGAUCUAAUAUCCAAACUGAGGCCGCUGAGGCCCGUUUCUCGAAAGUCCCGGUAACUUUUCACGCCCGAAAUCAAAUGUUCAAAUCGAGUAUCAAGAAUAAGAGCGCGGGUCCUGGCUAGCAAACUACUCCAUUUUUCGAACUAAACUAAUAAGUGAAAAAAUUGUAUGAUAAUGUAUAUCAAGCGUCGUGUGGGAAAAAAUUUAUUAAGAUUCGUUUUUGGUCUGAUUCAGUUGAUUGAUUCGACGCGUCUUAAAUUCGACGAUCUUAACAUAAUUUAGGUGGACCCAAAUAAGAGUUUGGUUCGUCUCAUAAAAGUCUCGACGUUUGGCCUCGGCCUAACUCUGUGAACUUCGGGUUUGCAUUUUUACCUCUCUAUGAAAACUAUUUGUCCCUAAGAGGUUUUCAUGUUUCAUAAUUUUUUGUGUUUUAUAGCGAUCAGAAGGAUCCAUUCAAUCGCAGUCCUCUUACACUAAGCAUGGUUCAGAAACACGCAGAGUUAAAGGAAAGAAUACAACAGUGGCUAGCGGAAGUUAAAGCGCAAAAGAAAAGCUGACGCUUAUUCAAUGGAUGUAUGAUCGUCAAUGGUGCUUUAAUGUAAUAAGCUAACACAAAUAUUAUCAAUAUAAAUAAGGGCGAUUUAAACUUUAUUCUAGGUACAGCAAAGCAAACUUUAGCCUGCGAACGGCAGACGUAUUUCCGGUCGUCGCUUCUAUCCCUCCGAAAAAUAACGGAGGGA